AUGCCUCUGCUCGACCUGCCAAACGAGCUUCUGCUCGCCAUAGCAAGCUUCUUGGACUCCGAGAGAGACAUCAACGCACUGGUACGAACUAAUCGUCACCUCCACUCCCUUUUCAAAUCAUAUCUUUAUAUACACAACGUUAAACACCACGAAGGAUCCGCACUUCGAUGGUCUGCAGUCCAUGGAGUGUUACCAUCAGUUAGAGAAUCCAUCCGACACGGCGCAAAAUUCCAAGGCUUGGUCUCGAGUCAGCCCUUGCUCGAUGCAGCACACUACGGCCAUGUCGAUAUCGUGUCUUAUCUGCUCUCCCUCGGGGCAAAUCCUUACUCUGAGGAAAAAGGAGCCCUCAAACGAACUCCAGUCCAAUGGGGUAUCCGCUCCAACUUCCCAGAAGUAGUCAAGGUUAUGAUCGAAGCUGGAAUUGACCCAAAUGAAAAAGACAAGAAGGGAGAGACACUACUGCAUUAUUCGGCUAAAGAGUGCGCAAGAAACAUCGAAGCCGCGACCCAGGUUCUCAUCACCAAAGGCGCCAAGCUCGAAUCCACAAACUUUAUCGGCGAAACACCGUUGUGCACAGCGUGUGUCUCUGGUUCAGUGGAUGUGGCGCGAUGCUUGAUUGAAAAUGGCGCUGAUUUCAACUACAAAGACCGUGGCCAAAACAAAUCACUACUCCACAUAGCAGCGUUGAAGAACAAAGUCUUAAUCGCCGAACUGCUAUUGGAAAAAGGUGUGUCGAUUGAAGAAAAAGAUGCAUUCGGCAACACACCACUUCACUACGCCUGCUACAACGGUCACAGAGCAGUAGCCAUGUUCCUAGUCCAGAAUGGCGCAAACAUGGAAGCACAGUCGACAUCCGGGAACCGACCAUUGCACCUAGCCACAAUUUGGGAAACCCGAACCCACCGAAUCCACAGAGUUCUCCGAAUCACUUUAAUGCUUCUGGAAUUGGGCUCAGAUCCAAACCCGAAAACCAGCAGUGGAGCUACACCCUUGCACCUGGCAAUGAAGAAGGACUGCGACCACCUGUGCGAAGUAUUACUCGACCACGGCGCCGAUCCCGCACCGACAGACAACCGCGGUCGCACGCCGCUUCACCUUCUACCGAAGAGUUAUUGCCUGAGAACAGCAGAGCUUUUGUUGGGUUACGGCGCUCCUGUCCAGGCCCAGGACAACAACGGUGAUACGCCUUUGCAUAUUGCUGCAAGCGAAACAGCGCUUGACUUUAUUACGCAAUUGCUAGAUGCCGGCGCCGAUCAGAAUAUUGUGAACAAGCAGAAUAAGAUGCCAAUUGACCUGACGGUGGCACCUUUCUCGAAUCAAUGGCCAGAGGAGUUACGGCCGCCAAGCGAGGCACGCCUCCUUCUCCAGGAUGCAAAGGAUAAAUCAUUGCAAGCAGCAUUGUAA